AUGCUUUUCAAAACCUGCGUCAUCCUCGGCCUCGCCGCUAUUGCCUCUACCCAGAAAUGCGCGGGCUCCAUUGAUGGCGGCACCUCGUGCAGCACCUAUGUCAGCCCUGCCAACGCAGAGGUUAACAUCGCCGGUACCAGGAACCUGUAUAAACGUGACGCAUCCGCAAAGAAGAAGUAUAUGCAGGCGUUUCCGUAUGGAUUCUGGGAGCUAGCAACAUCGGGUGAAGAGAAUCUCUGUGGAAUUAGGGCGCUUGUGUACAGCUUACAGCAUCAGAUGCCAGGGCUUGAGCACAUUUUUGACGAGCACGAAAUGCAAAAUCUUGCCUAUACGGGGCCAGUUGAUGGAAUUGUUUGGAUUUCACACCAAGAUAACCACUAUGAAGGGCUUGCACCAGCUACGGCAGAAGAUUACAGAAAACAUAAGGAGGAGUGUUGA